UGAUGAGGCACACUUGGCGCCCAGUUGUCUAGACGAACGGGUGCACAGACUCGUUGGGAGGAUAAUAACUAUGAAUGCAAAAGCAAGACGCCCACUUUCCUGUCCCCUCGCCCUUUCAGCCCCUCGGGAAGAUCAUAGUGCCUUUAGCCCAAGCAUGGCCUUGAGCGACUUCAUCACACCUGCAUGAGGUCACAAGCAGUCACAGGGGUGAGGCGAGUUCUGAGUGAAAGAAACGGGGCGGGGCUGAGGCCAAGGAGAGGUUGGACUGUGUGUCUCGCAUGCUCUUGACGCAGAAGGUUUUGAAACUUUUUUCACCUCGUCCGAAAUGGCUGCCUCCCAGUGUCUCUGCUGCUCAAAAUUUCUCCUCCAGAGACAGAACCUCGCCUGUUUCCUCACAAACCCACAUUGUGGCAGCAUCAUUAAUGCAGAUGGCCAUGGUGAAGUGUGGACAGAUUGGAAUAAUAUGUCCAAGUUUUUCCAGUAUGGAUGGAGAUGCACCACUAAUGAGAAUGCCUAUUCGAACCAUACCCUGAUGGGCAACUGGAACCAGGAAAGAUAUGACCUGAGGAAUAUCGUGCAGCCCAAACCCUUGCCUUCCCAGUUUGGACACUACUUUGAAACAACAUAUGAUACAAGCUACAACAACAAAAUGCCACUUUCAACGCAUAGAUUUAAGCGAGAGCCUCACUGGUUCCCAGGACAUCAACCUGAACUGGAUCCUCCCCGAUACAAAUGCACAGAAAAGUCAACUUACAUGAAUAGCUAUGCAAAAUCUUAAAUCAGGCAUCACUCAGGAUGUGUAUAAUAUCUUAAUAUUGACUAAUUUCAGCAUCCAGGUUUCUAAGAAAUGAUAAGAUACUUCACUUUUCCACAGUAAAAAGUAGAAGGGAGCACAUUCUAAGCACAGCUAAAAAUUUAGCUCACUGUAGCACAGUUUGAUUCUCUGAAUAAAUAAAGCAAAAAACACAGAAAAUA